AUGCCUAUUGACCUGACUGAUAAUCAGCUACUAAUUAUUACAAACAACAAUAUUAGCACUUGGAUUAAGAAUCUCAUAACCCCAACAUUGCUCUUCUUCAAGUUAUUCCUUCGAUUUGAAAGGUCAAGUAUGAUUUUACAGUUGCGUUUCUUUCAACCCGGCGUUUCCCCAGCCCCGUUUCCCCAGCCCGUAAAUCCUGAGGGGUUUCGUCUUCCUCUGGUUGUGGUUGACGAAAUGGCUACAUAUCGUAGCGAUCUUAGAUUAUCCGAAAAAAGCGACAUGGCAUAUGUCGAACAAUUAAAAGAACUUAUAUCAGACAAAAACUUUAAUGCUGUCAAGUUUUAUAAAAAUUUAAAUUUCCCUUUCGCUCGAAAGAAAGAAGCAGAAGAAGUCUUACACGAAUCAUUGAAAAUUAUCUCAUCCGAAAAUAACGUGAAAGCUCGGAAACUGUUGGCAAAUUUUGACAAACUUAUCAACGCCAACUCAGUAGUGACCUACUGGGACGGUAUCUAUAUACAAAAUGAAAAAAAUAAAACUCAAUUUAUUAAAGAUGCAUUGAAAGAAAAGGAUAAACAGGAAUCUUACCAAAUAAAAUUAAAUGUACGAGAAGAGCACAUUAUUGAAAGUAAUCUACUUUUAGCAGAAAAAAGAAAAAACAAGGAAGAAUUUUUAACUCCUCCAAACAAGGUCAGGAUUUGUGAUGCAGGGUAUAAUAGUGAUUCUAGUGAAGAGUCAUACUCGAGCCCUGAGUAUGAGGUUGCACCAAGAUCACUUACAAAUGUUUUUCUUGAGUUAAAAGAUUCUUGUGCUAGUGGUGAAGUUGAUGAUGGUACUAUUUUUAAAUCUAUGAAUAAUGGGGGUGAUUAUAUCUUGGAACCUAAGGAUAAUCAUGAACGAAGUAAUGUUGAAGUACAACAAAAACUUAUUUCAGAAUCAGUUGAAGGAAACCAUCCCGAAGUAAAACAACAUGACAGUGUACCAAAGCGAAAAGUUGCAAGUAAACCUAAAUAUAUACAGCAUGAUCUUGCACAAGAUUUACUUUCAAGUUUACGCUUGUGUCCUUUAAAAGGGAAUAAGUGGUUAUGGAAUGGACUUGAGAUCUGUAAUUAUUUACAAGAUGAUAAUAAUACUAGAACGCCAUUAAACAUUGGUGUUGUGAAUUUUCAUAACAACUUAUGUAUGGAACCCCUUCCAUCAUCAAUGAUUACCUAUAUUCAAGAACAAAUGGAAAAUGAAGAUGUUAACACAAUCUUCUUUGAUGAUGGCAAAAAAUUUGGAAUAAAUAAGUUUUCAAUUGACAUUGAUGAAGAUGUUAUGAAAUAUCUGGAUGCAUUUCAAGAUUGUACUUCUCUAGACGCAUUACGAAAAACUCUGCAUGAGAAUUCAGUUCACAAUUGCCCAAAUCUCAAUUUUAACAUUAGCUAUAUUUACAGUUUUUUUAAUCACAUGUAUAACCUCUAUUCAAAUGAGACGUUAUCUCAUGCCCUUACUGAAUAUGAAUAUGAUUCAUAUGUGUGGACACCACUUUUGUGUAAUGCGUUUAUGGAGAAAGGGGAUAUUCAAAUUUCUAGUGGUGAAGUUUCAUCUGUAGCAUAUGACAAGUUGAAAAAACUUGCCCAACUUCAAACAAAGAGUGGUCCAAAAAUUGACUCAAAAGCAACUAUUAUUUCAAUCAGCCAAGAAGUAUUAAUACGGGAGAAUGGAAGAUAUGAUAUUGCAAGUAAAAGGAAGAGUGACUUAUCAAAGUUAGAAUAUUGCUCAAAGGUGCUACUUGCCAGUGCAUACCUUGCCUUACCAAUCGUCGCACGUUCGGAUAUUCAUAUGUUUGAAAUAUACGCCAUCCAAACAAAUGCAUCCUAUAUAUUCGAAAACACAAUAUGUAUGCUUGGUUUAACUGAUAUUAUAAUUCCACGAACGGUUGAUGCUUUCCCAAAAUGCGUUGAAGCAGUUUGUAAAGUGUUAUCAUGGAAGGCACGAUCCAGAAAUAAUACUAAAACUUUUCAUGAAUUAAUUGGUAAAUCGGCUUCCCGAUUACGUGAGAGAAAAUAUUUCACUCCGAAAAAGCUUGCGAAUAGAUCAAAGUCGUAA